AUGGCAGAGAAUCCGCGUAUUCAGAUUGUGGAUGCGGUCCAAAGGCAAGUUCCUCAAGCUCGUGUCUGUUUCACAUCCGGCGAAUACACAGAUCUGACCAUCAAAUGCGGAGCCGACAUCCACAGAGUUCACAAGAUCAUAGUGUGCAAGCAAGUAGCCUUCUUCACUGGAGCUCUUAAGUUUGGUGGCAAGGUAUGCAUGGUAGAUUCCCGAGGUCUGGAGAGAACUGGGUCUGACGACAAACAGGAAGCGCAUACGGAUGUCAUUGAUCUCCCCGAGGACGAACCGAAAGUAAUUGCCUCUCUCAUCGAGUACCUUUACACGGGUAGGUACAAGGCCGACUCCUCUACAACCCCGAGGAAUGAGCAUACGAGCCCGAUCACGCCCUCCAACAUCGAAAUUCAUCGGUCUGAGGCUUGGGAUGCCAAGAGUGACCCAUAUACGUAUGAUUUCCCGCAUACUUGCACAGAGAAAUGUGACGAGUGGACGACAUUGUGUCCUCAUCAUCGCUGCGAACUCGAUAACUGCGGUUUGGCUUGCAAGGCCUUCAUCUGCGAUGAAUGCUGCUUCGUCGGGCGUCUUGGAGGACCCCAGCUUCUUAAGCACUCGAAGAUGUAUGCAAUCGCUGACAAGUACGAUGUCACUGGCCUCAAAGAGCUAGCAGUCAAGUACUUCAACGUCGCUCGCUAUGGGUUUUGGGACGUGGAAUCUUUCGCCCUCGCCAUCGAUCAUGUCUUUUCUUCGACCCUUCCCGAGGACACCGGCUUGAGGUCGAUAGUUAUCGAUACCAUUUCUGACAAUAUGGUCCUAAUGCACAAGGCGGAAAUUCAGGCCAUGGUGGCAGCUCAUAGCGACCUGGCUGUGGGUGUUCUAAUGACGAAGAUAUGCUAG